UCCAAAACCACAACACACGAAAAUUCUGGCUCGAGUUUCUCCGGCUUUUUUGAUGCACGUGUGGCAGAGGCCCAGAGGGGGCGGGGCCAAAUUCCUCCACGGACCGGCAGGUGGCGCGAAUUGCAAAACACAAAAAAAACAGCUGUCGAGGUCGAACAGCGUUCAAACAUAAAAGAACGAUGGGGACAGCGAGAAAAUGAACAAGACGCUUGUGGCUCUGAGAAGCUGUGCCGACGGCAACUCUUUCGUCGUCGCCAAGUUUGUCGACUGCCUCGUUCACCACUUCAGUGGAUGCAACAAGGACCGAGUGUCCGUACCAGUCCGAUGCAAAUUGGAGGACAACUUGCUGAAGAUUUUACCUGCAGAUCCUGACGACGUGGGAAUAAAGAAAAACUACGACCUUUUUAAAUGGGACAAAACUGGGAAAAAAUUCACUUCGGACAAAAUCGACCAUCAUGUUCUUCUGCAGCAUUCCCGCGAGUGCCCAAUCGGAAAUUUAUCCGAUUACGACAGAGACUUGAUUCCAGCAGAUGUGCAAGAAAGGGGAAUCGAUGUGGCUGUAUCAAUUUUAUUGCAGUCCAAAGACAGCAGGAUUUUAAUGACUCGAAGGCCUGAUCACAUGAGAACGUUCCCAAAAGCGUGGGUGCCUCCUGGUGGACACAUCGAGGUGAACGAGUCACUUGUUGAGGCCGGCUUGCGUGAGCUGAAAGAAGAGACGGGACUGGAAUUAGGCGCUGGCUGCAUCAUCCAGGUUCUCUGCUUAUGGGAAUCGGUGUAUCCGUUUAUCUUGGGGCUGGGAUUGCCAUCUCGACAUCACGUUGUUGUCUAUCUUCUUGUCAAGAGUGAUCAAACGUCAUUCGAACUCACCAAAAGCAUCAAGCUCGAUCCUGAGGAGGUGCAAGCAUGCGCAUGGAUGUCUCCCGAGUCUGUGAAGUACCUUUUGGACGCUUGUGAGGACCCUCAUCAACCGAAUCAGGAAAUGUUUUCCUUAAAAGAAGACGGUGGCCUGAAGUCAAUGCCCUUGAUAAUAUCCAGCAUGUUCCACCCCGCCCUGUGGGGCAAGGGUGAAAUUUAUUCUGGCUCACAAUUAGCCCUGAACUUGUGGUACAAUUCGCUGUGCUUAGGUAAUAAUGCUAAAUUGUAAUCUUUUUUUAAAUUUUUAAUCACUUGUUGAAGUCAUUUUAUUUUAUUAUUACUUUUGUUGGCUCCAAUAAUAAUUAAUUUUUAACGACAA